CCCAGGCCCAUUUAAAAUUUCCGAAAUUUCCUUCCUGUCUCUCCGGCGAGGUUCAAUCGGUGACUGAGAAAUGAGAGGACUGUCGCCGUCUAGAAUCGUAAGAUCGCUCUCAGUGUUGAGGAGUACGAGACGGCAAGAUUUUCCAAAUUCAAUUCUAUGUUGUUCUUUCUGUACUGGCGAUGAUAAUUAUGACGGUAGGAUCGGUGAUGAAAUGCAGAGCUCGAAGGUUAAGGUUUUUGAUCGUGAUCUUAAGCGUAAACAGCGGGACCGAGCGGCAUGGUUGAUGCGCCCAAAGGAUUCUCUUGUUGAUACAGUUGCCGAAAACUUGUUGGAUCGUUUGGAGGAUUGCAAGAAGACAUUCCCAACAGCAUUAUGUUUGGGGGGUUCAUUGGAGGCUAUCAGGAGAUUAUUGCAUGGCCGUGGUUCGGUUGAAAAGCUGAUCAUGAUGGAUGCAUCACAUGACAUGAUAAAGUUAUGCAAAGAUGAUACAGGUGCACAUGAUCAGGACGUUGAAACGUCUUUUAUUGUUGGUGAUGAAGAGUUUCUACCUAUAAAAGAAAGUUCAGUAGAUCUAAUUAUAAGUUGCUUGGGUCUUCACUGGACAAAUGAUCUUCCUGGAGCCAUGAUUCAGAGUAGAUUGGCACUGAAGCCAGAUGGGCUAUUUUUAGCAGCGAUCUUUGGAGGGGAAACCUUAAGGGAACUGAGAAUAGCAUGUACUCUUGCACACAUGGAGCGUGAAGGAGGCAUCAGUCCUCGAGUAUCACCAUUGGCACAAGUGAGAGAUGCAGGCAAUCUUUUGACAAGAGCUGGUUUUACCUUGCCUGGUGUUGAUGUUGAUGAGUAUGUAGUUCGCUAUCCAAGUGCACUGGAGCUGGUGGAACACUUGCGUGCAAUGGGUGAAACAAAUGCACUUUUACAAAGGAACCCUAUCCUGAAGAGAGAGACAGCCCUUGCAACAGCAGCUAUUUAUGAUUCCAUGUUUGCUGCAGAAGAUGGGACCAUUCCUGCAACCUUCCAGGUGAUUUACAUGACAGGAUGGAAGGAACAUCCUUCCCAACAGAAGGCCAAAAGAAGAGGAUCCGCAACCAUAUCCUUCAACGACAUCCAAAAACAAUUUGGAAAUGUCAAUUGAUGUUUUUCUCUUUAUUUUCUCUCAUGUUUAGUCUCCCUUUUUUGGUACAACAAAGUGGGAGCUUGAGAUUUGAACCUCCAAGUUCGGAGGAAUCAGUCGUUUUAACUACUGAAAACUAUACUUACAUUUCCGGUCUUCUUUCCUAAAUAAUUUGUAUUCCUAAAAGGACGUUCCAAUUUGGAAAAUUGGUUACCUGAACAACCAACUUGAUUUCAUCGUAUUUCAUCUUUAAAUAAUACUCUUUUUUGUCGA